GUAUUUCAAAAACUAGCUUGUUUCCAUGGUUACAUACAGACACUGAAAUGUCAGUCCGUCAGUGUAUGUGCGACUGUUUACAGAAAUCCUAGAAUAUAACAACAAAAAAAUAGUUUCAAACAGCUUUAAAGAAAAGCUAAAAUGGACAAUUGUGAUUUGGAGAAACUUGCAAUUUCGGGACAGACGUUGCAGCCUGCGUUCAAAGCAGAUGUAACAACUUACAAAGUUACUGUAACAAGCGAUGUCGACCGGGUUACAUUGGACCUGCUCACAAGUGACUGCGGAGCCUGUUAUAAAAUACGUUGUGGUGAUGGCUCAAAGUCCAUCAGACUGAAUGAUGGGUUGAAUUUGGUUGAAAUAGAGGUGGUAGCCGAGGAUGGCACCUCCAAAAAAUAUUGCAUUGAAGUCACCAAACUGUCUGCGAGGACUGCAGAGUUGAGUGACCUUACAAUCGAAGGAAAUGUUCAAUUACAACCUACAUUUUCGGCAAACAUCUAUGAUUACUCAAGCACAGUUCCUUUCUACUGUAACUCGGUGACCAUACUGCCCAAGGUUCCUGAUAGAAACAUGAAAGUUUCAGUGAAUGAAGAAAGUGAUUCACAACCUUCUCUAUUGACUGUUGGAGAAACUAGCCUCAGUAUCAAGGUCUUAUCAGCAGAUGGCAGCAAUUCUCAGAUGUACUAUGUGUUGGUGAUACGAGAGCAGAUUCCCAUGGCUGUGUCUUUCAGUGAUGUGAAAGAGCAGGUGUACUAUGAGUGCCCUGUCACUCUGACGGCCCUCUACAGACCCAUAUCCAUCAACCAGAGUGAUCCACAGCACCUGUUCUCAGCCCCCUACAUUGACAUGCUGGCGAGAAGGUCGAAGGUCGACCCGCUAAACGAGUGUCCCCUCGGAGACAGAUGGAAGGUUCUGGAACACGAUCUGGACAAGACCAUGUCUUCUGCCCUGGUCAAGUGCUUCUUUGCAUACCGAGGAUGUGAGAGUGUGAUGAAACUGGCUGAAGUGGGGUCACAUGCACUGGAGUGUCCACACAAACCCUCAGCGGACCUGGACCAAAAGGACGUCACUGAGACAAGCUGGUACAAGAAGCAUUUUGCAUCCUCGACCUGCUUGGAGAUAGAGACCAAACACACCUUGGAGGUGCAUAACUGGGAGAAGAGACUUCAAAAGGCAAUAGGACAGGAUAGUGCCGAUAAUCUGUGUUCCCUGGCCCAGGACAAUCUGAAACUCUACAGAGAGCGUCUGCCCAAACCAGGUGACCUGCUGCAGUAUGAGGAUGGUCAGUCUCCUCUGGACUGUCUGGAGCAGGCUGCUGUCCAUUAUGCCUCAGCCAUCAAGCUCAAGCCCCGAGACCCCAGACUCCACUUCCUCCUGGGGCUGGCCCUGGAGGAGCAACACUAUGCAGCAGAGAUGUACGGACUGAGGAGGAAAGCUGAUGGGGACGUUGAGGACCUAAGCAGUGCCAAGUACACGGCGCGUCAGGAUGACAUCCUGGCUGUGUGUAAGCUGCAUGGCUUCCCUGGCACGCCUACCAUGGAGAACCAGCUACAGGCCCUGGACACAGAGUACCACCAGCUGAAAGAGCAGGGCCAGUCGGGCAAGGCAGACUACAUCCAGACCCUGUUCAUCUUCCUCUCCAAGAAGGCAGGCAAGGAUGGCAGUGCGGGCGUAGGGGACGAAGAGAGCUGUAUUCACCGGGCCCUGCUGAAGUACCUGGAUGCCUGGUCGCUGAACAAGGACUUCUGGGAGUACAAUCUCCAUGUGGGGCGUAUGCUGCUGCUGCAGAAGAGGAACACUGAGGCACUGCAGCACCUGCAGACCGGACUGGCCCUGCGGCCCUCACAGCCAGCACUUAGGUUCUUCACAGGUCUGGCUCUACUGCUACAGGAGGAAGCCUCAGAGGCUGUGGAGGAGGAGGCAGCUCUGUUUUUACAACAAGGCCUGGAGCAUGUUAUAGCACAGUACUGCAACACGGAGAACAACUACAGUGGUUUGGAGCAGAGCGUGACAGACCCUCUGUCCAGUGUGAGAACACAGUUCCUGCGUGGCUGCCUCACCCUUGGUGCCCUCCUCCACCAGAAGAACACUCUCUCUCAGAAGCCAAUGAGCGCAGAGCAGGUCUAUCACAGUGUUGUGGUGCUGGCAGCCCGCGGUGUGUGUCGGUGCGUGUGUCGGGACGAGGUGGCUCAGCAGCUGGAGUGGGUGUUGCUAGAUGCCCACUUUGCCCUCCUCCAGAGCCUCAUUCAACAAAAGAAGGCUGCUGGGUUAACCCAGGGUCAGGGCAAGCAGGGAGAGACAGAGAGACAGGCCUGGGUGACCAAGAGAUGUCAGGCUCUCACAGGUCUGAUCCUCCUCACCUCCAUCCCCGCCUGCAGGGAGCUGCUGGACAUGCAGGAGAAGGUCUGCCAGGUCGCCGUGGUAACGGCUCCUCGUGACAGCCACGCGCUGUGCCUCCUGGGGCUGGCCCAGCUGGCUCAGUGUGACAACGACCACAGCGCCCAGAGGUUAGAAGGAGCCAUUGCCAACGCCUGCCUCAGCUUCCAGGCAAGCAUCGAACUGGAGGACAAACCUCAGAGCGGAGAGCCACCCACACAGCUCACCAGUGAGACAAAUAAGCAGCAGUGGUGGCAGGACAGGCUGGCAGCAGACAAGGAGAAGGCAGUCAAGGAGACAGACAGCCAGGGAGCGGGCGGGGGUGGCUCUGGGCCUUCUGACACUGCAGUGGCUGCCGGGAGAGGAUGUGGGCGUGGCAUGGGAGGUCCUGCUGGAGGGGGCACUGCGGCUGCAGCCAAGACCCCCACGAGAGGAGGCAAGACUGCCCCUCUAGCCAAAAACACCCCCUCUACUGCCCCUCCAGCCAAAAACACCGUCUCUCCAGCCAGCAGGGGGCAAGGUGGAGCAGCCAAAACCCUUGGCCCUGCCAAGCCCAGCAGCUCCAAGACUCAGCUCAUCUCCCCCAGCAAGUCUAAACCAGACUGCUCCCCAAGCCCAGCCAAACCUGGGCCCACAGAAGAAUCAGCUGUGGCAGAGAGUGGCAACGGUCUCCCCAAAGCUCGGUUGAACCAUCGAUCCCAUGCCCCUCGCCUCGGCUUGGCCCGCGCCCUCUCCCGCUCCGCAGACAGCCACGACCAGGCACGCCAGCUCUACCAGGAGGUCAUCACCAUGGCACCAGAGGUCCACGAUGCGUACAUUGAGCUAGCAGAGAUGCUGGGGCAGUCAGACCCCCUGGCUGCUGUAGAGGUGUACUGUCGGUUCCCCCUGAAGCCCGUCUCAGAGCAGAACUUUGACGACGCCUUCAUCACUGGAGAGAUCGUACGCAUCCUGAUGAAACAAGGCCUCUACGAGCACCCAGAGCUGGGACACAACCUCAUCGCCUACGGGAAAGUCAUGGGCCUGGGUUGCCUUGAGAAAUACAUCGACAUCCUUGAAGGGAAGUUCAUGAGCAGCCUUCUAAAGAGAGUGUAUGCUGGGAUACAUGAUAAAUCAGUAGAAGACAAGGAUCUGCAGGACUUCUUCAAGUUCAAGUGCUGGAUAUGAACUUUCCUUUCAUAAAGAGACGGGCUGUUUAUUCCUUGAUCAAAGUAUGAAUGUAUCUUUUUAGACCAAUAGACUAGUCACAUCAUCUUUAGACCAAUAGGCUAGUCACAUCAUCUUUAGACCAAUAGACUAGUCACAUCAUCUUUAGACCAAUAGACUAGUCACAUCAUCUUUAGACCAAUAGACUAGUCACAUCAUCUUUAGACCAAUAGACUAGUCACAUCAUCUUUAGACCAAUAGGCUAGUCACAUCAUCUUUAGACCAAUAGGCUAGUCACAUCAUCUUUAGACCAAUAGGCUAGUCACAUCAUCUUUAGACCAAUAGACUAGUCACAUCAUCUUUAGACCAAUAGGCUAGUCACAUCAUCUUUAGACCAAUAGGCUAGUCACAUCAUCUUUAGACCAAUAGACUAGUCACAUCAUCUUUAGACCAAUAGACUAGUCACAUCAUCUUUAGACCAAUAGGCUAGUCACAUCAUCUUUAGACCAAUAGGCUAGUCACAUCAUCUUUAGACCAAUAGGCUAGUCACAUCAUCUUUAGACCAAUAGGCUAGUCACAUCAUCUUUAGACCAAUAGACUAGUCACAUCAUCUUUAGACCAAUAGGCUAGUCACAUCAUCUUUAGACCAAUAGACUAGUCACAUCAUCUUUAGACCAAUAGGCUAGUCACAUCAUCUUUAGACCAAUAGACUAGUCACAUCAUCUUUAGACCAAUAGGCUAGUCACAUCAUCUUUAGACCAAUAGGCUAGUCACAUCAUCUUUAGACCAAUAGGCUAGUCACAUCAUCUUUAGACCAAUAGGCUAGUCACAUCAUCUUUAGACCAAUAGGCUAGUCACAUCAUCUUUAGACCAAUAGGCUAGUCACAUCAUCUUUAUAGGCUAGUCACAUCAUCUUUAUAGGCUAGUCACAUCAUCUUUAGACCAA